CAGAGGUCCGGGACGCUGUGUGAUGAAGAACCGGAGCCUCUGAAGGCUGAAAAACAACAAGAAGAAGGAAAAUCUGCCUCGUACGGUGAUGGAUGCAGAGAGCGGGGAGAUAUUUCUCAGCGGUGACGGCGGCGUGGCGGCAGACAGCUGGCAGCUCGACGCUCCGUUCUCCUGCUCCGAACUCGUCUUCAGCGGCGGAGAGAAACCCCUGCAGGACUGGGCGGUAGACCCCGACUGUACGCUGAGCGACAGCGAGUCAGAGGACGUCCUCCAUGGUGUCGACCCAAACGAGGUGUUUCCCAGCGGCCCGCCCGCCAACCCCUCAUCAGAGAGCGACAGCGGCAUCUCCGAGGAUCCUGUCGUCGAGAGUCCCGUCACCGUGGCGGCUCCCGAGACCACCCAGGCGGCCCCGGCGACCGUCUACCAGGUGGUGUAUGACAUCAGCGGCCUGGGCGGCGUGAAGACUGAACCGGGACAGCAGAACGUGGACGUCAUCUCCAUAGAGCUCGAUGAAUGGAGCUCCCAGCUGUUGUUGUCGGACUCGUGCAUCGUUAACGAGCUGCCGGUGGUUUCUGCCGCUCGCCUCGACGGCAGUUUGACCUCCAUCGAGCCUCCCAGCCCUGACGGAGAUCUGCUGUACCCGGAUCUUCAGCUGACUGAGGAGGAACAGAAGCUGCUGACUCAAGAAGGAAUUUCUCUGCCCAGCAACCUUCCUCUCACCAAGGCUGAGGAACGAAUCCUGAAAAAAGUGCGGAGGAAAAUCCGCAAUAAGCAGUCGGCUCAGGACAGCCGACGCAGGAGGAAGGAGUACAUCGACGGUCUGGAGAGCAGGGCUGCUGCUUGCUCAGCACAGAACAAGGAGCUGCAGAGGACAGUGGAACAGCUGGAGAAACACAACAUGUCUCUGCUGGCUCAGCUGCGACAACUUCAGUCUCUGAUCAAACGGACGGUCAGCAAAGGAGCCCAGACCAGCACCUGCUUACUGAUCAUCCUCGUCUCUCUGGGUCUGAUCAUCAUGCCGAGUUUCAGUCCGUUCAGCCGCGACGCGUCUGCAGACGAUGACUACAGACCCACAGGAGUUAUUUCCAGAAACAUCCUGACAGACCCCAUCUCCUCCCAGCCGACAGCAGACGAGGCCGACGGUCCGGCGGUCCAGUCCGACUCCUCAUCGCAGCUCUCGGACCUUAGCCAAUCAGGACCUCCGGACGGCGCUGCUGUACUGCAAGAACCAGCAGAAAUCCCUGAAAAUACAGGCUUUGACGGCAUGGCGCAGGAGGGGAGCCAAUCAGGGAACAACUCUACUCUUGUUGCUAGGCAGACUGAGCCGUUGGCCCUCGGUUUGAGGUCGACAUCCGGGAAACGAAGUCACGAUCCCGCUAAACCGGCGCACGCUGACGAGAUGUAGAGGAACUGUUUCAUCCAGAAUAACUGCACUGUUUAGUGGAUCCGAGUCUGCUGACGUCGACCCUGCGAUGUUUCAGAUUCGCUGUAAACACACGACCAGCCGGAGAUGCUCCGAUUGAUCAGCGCUGAUCAGUAUCAGAUGUUAUCUGUUAGAAAUGAGUCAAUAGGUGGUGGUUUUAAAUUUAGCUGAUAAGAAAACUGAUCAUAAAACAUUAGAAACAAACAUGUCUGCCUGUCUUCAUAUGAACCGCACUGCAGUUAGAGCCGCCUGCAGCAGCUGUUCAUAAGUUCAAACUUAACCUUGUUAUAAUGUCACGUAAAGUAAAAACAUAUCUGACCUGACACUUUACAUUUCACAGAAAAAACACACUGAACCUCAAAUUAUUAAAACCAAUAACAUGAGACUAAAUUACCGAAUUUUAUCCAACGUCAGACCUACAUUCACAAAACAGUUUAUUUUAUCUUUUGGCCCUAAAAAUACAUAAUCAAUACUUGCAGCCCCUGGAUUGCUCAUUAACCCUUUCAUGCAUAGUGGUCACUACAGUGGACAGCUAUUCAAAAGCUGCUUUCUUAUAUAUGCAUGGGGUUUUAAUGGUAUAGUUGCACAUCAGCCAACACAGUGGACUCUAGUGCAUCAUCCCGUACACUGCCAUCCAUAAAUUUCUCAAAACCAAGAUGGCCGCCUGCUGGCCGGAAAUACUCGGCUGCUCAGAAAUAUCUUGCCGAUCCUUCUAUAGUAAUAGACCCUUGUAGGUAAAUAAAAUUUUGUAACUUCAAGUAACAACCAAAGAGUAAUACAAUUGUUAAAAUUUCCAAGUAUUGAUUUU